AUGUCGCAGGAUACCCUCAGACUCUCCCACCGAGAAUUUAUCAGCAUUAUGGUGGAGAUCCAGGCUAAGUCUGGAGUGCAGAGUGGCUCUGAGAGAGAAGGAGACCCCUCGUCCUGCACACUGCACUGGCGUACACAGAGGCCGGAUGUCAGUGCUGGAGUUCUGACUGACCACUGGAGCUUUGGGCUUAAAGAGAGGCACUGCUGCAGGAGACAACCUCAUUUUGUCUUCAUAGGAAAAGAUAUCUCCCACAGUCCGAUCAGUGUGGACAUUGGAAAAUGUGGUUCCCAGUGUGGUAGCAGCCGGCGAUCAGCAAAUUACAGUUCUGAAUUUUUUGGAUUUCCCAAACAUCUCUCAGUGCUGGAACAACUUCAAACUCACAAGAAGCAAGACUCAGGGCAAAUGCUGGGAGAUGCCGGGAUGCUGAAGAGCUCGUUGUGUCCGCCUGAUGCUGUGUGCCAGCCAGUUCAGCUGAGGGUCGAGCGAUUUUUGCUGCUUGAUGGAAUCCGAGAGCUGGAGGUGGUUGAGACAUGCCAGUGCAACGAGAACCCUGCAGGAUGUGUUCGAUCAACCCUUCUGAAAACAUACUUGCCUGACAGUCCAUUGGAGGUCACUGUGGACGUGGGCAGAUGCUCUAACCCAGCUAUUCCAGGUGGUUUGGGAUGUGUACCCACCAAAUUUGAAUCAGUUGUGCUGGAGAACCCAAAUGGAUUGCAGCUUAUUCAGACUGUGGAAUUGUGUGAGGUGCGGGAGAACUGAUACAGACUGCCCCAUGUGGAGUAUUACUAUGCGAUCACCAUUAACUCCAGGGGUGAGAAGGAAGAGGGGCUCAAGGAAGUCGAUGUUGGCAGAUGUUUGGGAGUGUGUACUGCAGGAAGCGGCUGCCUCCAGAGGGACAGUCAUAAUAAAGACCAGUGCGUGGCUUGGGAAGACGGCUCAUCCAGUGGCUGCUCCCCUCACGAAUAUGAAAUGCACACAAUCAUGAGCAGACAUGGAAAGGUCAGGAACAUCUACGCCAUCAAAUCCUGCGAAUGCCACAGGACAAAUUCAUAA